CUGCGCACCGUAUGCUCCACCGGACGCCACAAAGACAAAAGAUAUAGACAAAGAGAACCACGACGCGACGCGAGGCAACGCAACGCAACGCAAAGACAAAACGACGAGACGCGAUACGACGGCAGGCAGGCAGGCAGCGUUCCACAAGCAGCAGCAGCAAGAACAACAACAACAACAACUCCACACAACGCAAUAGCGCAACAACAACUCCACACAACGCAACAGCAACACCACCACCACCACUAUGUCGUCGCUCCUGGACGCCGCCGGCCUCUCGAACGGCGGCGGGGACAUCUGGUGCACGGGUGGCAUCGGCGGCCUCACCUUUGACUCGCCCCUCCGGGACCUCCUGGACUCGGGGGAGUACACCCUGGAGGAGAUCCUGGCGGAGGACGAGCUCCUCCAGGAGCUCCGGGGGAUCAACCCCCAGCUCAUCGACUUUUUCUCGACCGAGGAGGCCGUCUCGGGGCUCGUCCAGUACAUGGUCCUAUCGCCCUCCAGGAGGGAAGGGGUGCUGAGGGAGGCGGCGGCGAAGGCAGAGGCGAGGACGGAUGCGAAUGUCGAUGUCAAUGCGGCUGCGGAUGUCGAUGCGAAUGCCAAUGUCAAUGCCAACGCCAACGCCAAUGCCAACGCCAACCAGAGCGCCUCCUCGCAGAGCGGGGCCGCGGAUGAAGGGCCGAACGGGGGCGAGAAAGAAGGAGAAAACGGCGAGGGCAGCGGCAACCAAGACAAAGACAGGGGCAACAACGGCAACACCACCGAGGCGGCAAAGGAACCGGGAAAGUGGCUCCAGGGAGAGGAAUUCUUUGGAGACGACACCCCGCGGCAACCCCCGAAAACGAGGCAGGAGCAGGAGGACGACCUCCACUUUCGCUUUCCGUACAUGGCCUGCGAGGUCAUUUCCUGCGAGCUCAAGGGGAUCACCGACCUGAUCAUGGACGGCUUUGUUCCGCUGCUGGACACCAGCGGCGACGAGAACGAGGACCAGGACGACGACCAGGACGACGAGCACCAGAACCAGAACGAGAACGAGAACGGGCACCCAACACGAGCACAACCGGCGAGCAAGAGCGCCAACGGAUCGGCUCCGCUUCUGGCGCUGCCGUCGGCGUCCGACCUCCUCGGCGAAAGCGACGCGAGGGGGAGGCGCAUACUCGACCUCUUGUUCUCGAUGUUCUACGAGCGGGAGGGCCCGGGGGAAGCUUCCGGCGAAAGAACGACCGGGAGCACCCACGAGAGGGGGAGGCCCGUGGUCAUCGACGACUACCGGGCGGGGUACUUUGAAAAGGUCCUGUCGGUCCUCAUCAAGCACCGACCGAACGACGUCGCCGAGUACCUCAACGACGGCGGGGGGAGGGGCAGGGAAACCCUCAUGGCCGCGAUGUUCGACCACCUCUACUCCCACUCCCUCCUGCAGGUCGUCCAGCACCUCCUGAUGCCCACGCACGGCCUCCUUCCGCAGGAGGAGGGGGAGGAACAACACGACGACCACGAGAACGAGUGCGGGGACCUCUUCCACGAUCCCCUCGACGAAGCCCUGGGGGAGCCCCUCGUGCCCUUUCGCUGCAACUGGUCCGAGUCGGGGCCGGCGCUGGAGAUGCUCCUGGAGUGCCUCGUGGGAAAAGACGAAAACAACAACGAAAACGACGAAAACGACGACGACAACGACCGAGGGCUCGACCUCUGCCGGAACGCCUCGGAGGUCCUCAUCACCAUCAUCCAGAACUCCCCCCUCACCUCCCGCACGAUGUGCACGCUCACCUCGGACCCGGUCCUGGAAAAGCUGGUCGAGGCCUCGUCCAAGGGCCCGUGCGCGGGUGCCGCGUUUGGCCGCCACGACAGCAGGCUCACCUGCGCCAUGAACGUCCUCGAGAGCCUCGUCCUGCAGCUCGGCGGCUACGGGUCGGUGGGGACGGUCGUCCCCUGCCCCGGAGGCAGCGGCGGCGACGGCGGCGGCGACGAAAGCGCACCUUUGGGAAACGGAGGGGGCGCUGCAGGGGCAAAAGGUGGGUCCCCUCCUCCCGAACCGCGCUGCGCCGGCCCGGACACCCUGACAAAACACCUGCCGUUGCUGCUGGACUCGCUCGAAGGCCUGCUGACGCACCCGGGCGCGGAGCGAUGGGUGUCCCCGAUGCAGUUCUCGGGGAAGGA